ACGUUAUAGAAACGAGAAAAACUGAACCACAAAUUACACAUGAGAGCAGAGAAUCCGAACCCGGAUUUGUUUGCAUCAGCAAAUCGGAUUGCAUAGUGGACAACACGUCCGGAAUCUUGUAAUUGGGUGACAGCUUCCGGCUAUAUUCAGUCAAAAAGAGACAAACGAUGAGAGAGAAAACUAAGUCGGCGUGCGCUCUCAGUCCACUCAAAACCCUUACCGAUUAUAUGUCCUAACACACCUAACUUCACCUUCUUUGGUCUCCUUCAAUCGAUUCAUCAGCUCGAGAAGUCAUACCAAUUCGUACCUUUGUAUGCAUGCGCGAGAUUUAUGUUAUUAGGGUUUCUGAGCAGUGGCUAAUUUGGAAUCCGUGAAAUGGAUUUGGUGUCUAGUUGCAAGGACAAAUUGGCAUAUUUUCGAAUAAAGGAGCUCAAGGAUGUCUUGACUCAUCUUGGUCUUUCAAAGCAGGGAAAGAAGCAGGACCUUGUUGAUCGGAUAUUAGCAAUUCUCUCUGAUGAACGAGUUUCUGGUAUGUGGGCAAAGAAAAAUGCUGUUGGGAAGGAAGAAGUAGCAAGAUUAGUAGAUGAUACUUACAGAAAGAUGCAGGUUUCUGGGGCGACUGAUUUAGCAUCAACAGCACAGGGUGUCUCAGAUGGCAGUAACGUGAUUCCUAAAGACGAAAUUGAAGAUUCUUACCAAAGGGAUACUUUUCGUUGUCUAUGCGGAAGUUCCUUGCAAACUGAAUCUUUGAUUCAGUGUGAGGAUCCAAAAUGCCACGUGUGGCAGCAUAUUGGUUGUGUUAUUAUUCCAGAGAAGCCUAUGGAGGGUGUUCAACCUGAAUCUCCUGAGAUUUUUUAUUGUGAACUUUGUAGACUCAGUCGGGCUGACCCAUUUUGGGUGACAGUGUCUCAUCCUCUAUUACCUGUGAAGUUAAUUACUACAAAUGUUCCUACAGAUGGUACAAACCCGGUACAAAGUGUUGAAAAAACAUUUCAACUUACAAGGGCAGACAAGGACUUGUUGUCAAAACAAGAGUAUGAUGUUCAGGCUUGGUGUAUCCUUCUUAACGACAAAGUUCCAUUUAGGAUGCAGUGGCCUCUAUAUGCAGACCUACAGGUCAAUGGUGUGCCAGUGCGGGCGAUUAAUAGACCUGGCUCACAGUUGCUGGGGACUAAUGGUCGUGAUGAUGGCCCUAUUAUCACACCAUGCACCCGGGAUGGAAUUAAUAAAAUUUUCUUAUCGGGAUGCGAUGCUCGUAUAUUCUGUUUGGGAGUCAGAAUUGUAAAGCGGCGUACGAUCCAGAAGAUUUUUGAGUUGAUCCCCAAGGAUUCAGAUGGUGAGCGACUUGAAGAUGCUCUUGCUCGUGUUCGUCGUUGUGUUGGUGGUGGAACUGCAGCGGAGAAUGAUGACAGCGACAGUGAUCUGGAAAUCGUUGCUGAUUCUAUUCCUGUCAAUUUACGCUGUCCUAUGAGUGGUUCGAGAAUGAAGGUCGCUGGAAGAUUCAAACCUUGUGUUCAUAUGGGCUGUUUUGAUCUUGAAGCUUUUGUGGAAAUGAAUCAACGUUCUAGGAAGUGGCAAUGUCCCAUCUGUCUCAAGAACUACUCUUUAGAGAAUGUCAUCAUUGACCCAUAUUUCAAUCGCAUCGUAUCUAAGAUGCGGAGUUGCGGGGAAGAUGUAACAGAAAUCGAGGUGAAGCCUGAUGGUUCUUGGCGAGCAAGGGCAGAAAGUGAUCGCAGGGAUCUUGGAGAUCUUGGUCAGUGGCACUUCCCUGAUGGUACUCCGUGUGUCCCUAUGGAUGGAGAAGUUAAGCCUAAAUCUGAAGUUCUUAAGCAGAUUAAACAGGAAGGUGUUUCUGAUGGUCAUGGCAGUUUGAGACACGUGAUCAAGAAGAAUCAAAAUGGCUAUUGGGAAGUCAGCAAACCUGAAGAUACACACUCUCUCUCUUCUGGUAAUAGAUUGGUGGAGAAGUUUGAAAACCAUGGGCUGAAUGUUAUCCCAAUGAGCAGUAGUGCCACUGAAAGUGGUAGGGAUGGCGAAGAUCCCAGUGUCAAUCAGGAUGGUGGUGGGAAUUUUGAUUUUUCUACUAAUACUGGUGGGAUGGAGCUUGAUUCUAUUUCUCUGAACUUUGAUACGACUUAUGAAUUUGCUGACCGAGAUCCGCCUGGACCAUCAGGUCAUGCAGAAGUUAUUGUUCUCAGUGAUUCAGAAGAAGAGAAUGAUACCCUGGUUUCUCCUGGGACAGUCUACAAGAACAAUGGAACUGAUGCUGGUGGGGUAACAUUUUCAGUUCCUCACCAUGUAAUACCAGAUCCAUAUCCUGAAGAUCCUGCUCUUGGUACCACCGGGAGUUCAUGCCUGGGUUUUUUCGGUACCAAUGAUGAUGAUUUUGGGAUGCCCCUCUGGCCUUUACCUUCUGUUAGUCAAGCAGGCCCUGGUUUCCAGUUAUUUGGUGCAGAUGCAAAUGUCUCCGAUGCAUUAGUUGAUUUACAGCAUACUUCCAUGAACUGUCCCACAUCAAUGGAUGGUUAUACAUUGGGUGCAGAGACUGCCAUCGGAUCUGCUGAUCUCAUUUCCGAGUCAAAUAUUGACCGUUCUAUUGCUGAUAUAAAUGAUGGGUUAGUUGAUAAUCCCUUGGCGUUUGGUGGGGAGGAUCCGUCUCUUCAAAUUUUUCUUCCUACAAGGCCUUCCGAUGCAUCAAUGCAGCCUGAUUUGAGAAACCAACCUGAUGUAUCAAAUGGUGUUCGUAAUGAGGAUUGGAUUUCUCUCAGGCUUGGUGGCGGCGGCGGCGUUGGGGGUCUUGGGGAGACUGCAGCUGCAAAUUGUUCAAGUCCAAAACAGCAAUUACCAUCAAGGGAAGGUGCCAGGGAUUUGUUGGCUGAAUCUGCUUCUUUGCUUCUAGGUAUGAGCGACAAGAGAUCUUCCAAGACAACCAGGGAAAGAUCAGAGAGCCCCUUUACAUUUCCUCGUCAGCGACGUUCUGUUAGAUCACGGUUAUAUCUCUCUAUUGACUCGGACUCUGAGUAGAGAAGUUGGACCUUGUUUGCUGGAACAAAAUGUUGCACAGAUACCCCCUCAAUUACUGGAGUUAUUUUGCGAUCUGUCCCAUCUUACUGCCAAGUUGCUCAGCUUCCUGCUUAGAAUGGGUGCUGGUAUUUUCGAGAAUCUUUCUGUAGGGCCGCUGUAAAUUCAUGUUCCCGCCUUCCUUUCUAGCUGAUGAAUUGCAGGCACGGUGCUGUUAAAUUGUAUUAUAGUUGUUUAUUUUAAUGUGGAAAUUGGAAACAAAAUCCAUGGCUCUUGCCUUUGGACGCUGCAGUGGGGAGGCCCUUCAUUUUUAACCGGUGGCUUCAAAUUUUAGUGCGAGCAUUUAGCCUGUAAAUGUCGUUUUUGUAUCCGAUUUUAGUGAGAGCAUUUAGGCUGGAAAUGUCUCCACUGAGUAUCAGUGAGUUAACAGAUAAUAUUUUGCCAAAAUGGACAAAUUUGCAGGUGCUAUCAGCAUAUUGAUGUCUAUUUAUAUAUUCUACAGUUAGGGUUAUGUCUGUAAAUACUCUUUUGGAUCUUGAAACGUAGUAAAUGUUGCAUGCUU